AUGGAAACUUGGAUAAUUGAUCCAUAUUCAUUUAACGAUCCAAUUAAGAUAGAUUUAUAUGAUGAUAUCAACUUAAAGCAAAUUGGAUUUGUUCCUAAAAAAAUAUUUGAAAACAAGAUUAUAGGAAUUGCCAACCGUAAAGUUCAGAUAUAUGAUUUAUUUCAUGAUUUUAAAGAAUACCUACCAAAAGAUUUUGAAGAUAAGAAUGAAAAUUACAAGGAUGAUUUUAAAAAAUACCUGCGGAAAUAUUUUAAAGAAUACCUGCGGGAAUAUUUUAAAGAUAAAAAUGACAUUCACCUUCUUAGUAUAAUGGAUGAAAUAUUAUUUAAUAUAAAAAAGUCAAAAGGUGACAUUAGUGGUGUUCUUAAAGAUGAUACAGAACUAAUAACAGUAUGUCGUGGAAAACUAGUUACUUGGAAAUAUGAUAAAAAUCAUGAAAAUAAAAUGAAAUUAUCUGCAUCUAGAAGUGGUGAUAAUACCUCUGAACCAUCUGAUGAAUUAAAUGUGGUUGAUGUAUUCCUUAAAAAAAAUUCCCUCGAUCCUUUGAAUAUUCUUGCAUUUGAACUAUUAUCUAAUGAUGAAUUAAUGAUAAUGGCAAAAUGGUAUCAUGAAGGUUUAGAAGAUUUUACUAUUGUUGUGGCUCUGGAUCAUGAUGAUAAGAUACAAAUAAAAUAUUUUUUUAAUACAAAUUAUUUAAUAAAUUGCUCAAAAAUAUACAAGAUGAAUGAAUCAUUUAAGGAUCCAUCUGAGGAACUAUCUGAAGAAUUACUUGAGAAAACAUCUGAGGAACUAUCUGAAGAACUGUCUGAAAAAUUAUCUGAAAAACAGUCUAAAGAAUUAUCUGAAGAAAAGAUUGAAAAACUGGUUAAAAAACAAUCUAAAGAACUAACUGAUAAAUAUCUGUCUAAAAUAUUAUUUUCUGUUAAAUACUUUGAAUUUAUUAUUAAGCAUCUCGAAUUGGAAUUUUUUAAAUCUGAUAAUUCAUUAAAUAAUUUAAUUACAAGUCAUGUGGAAGAUAUUUCAUUUUUUAAAUUAUAUGCACAAAAUCUUUUAAUAGCUGCAAUCUUAGAACAUAGAAUCGAUCUUGUUGAUCAGGUUUUUAACCAAUGCAUGAAAUUAAUCGAGGACAAUCCAGAUGAAAUCAAUGUUCUUAAAAUAAUUACUCCAUAUUUACACAAUCUUUAUGAAAGUUACCCUGGUCAUUUUAAUAAAUUUAUAUCACAAACCUCUUUAUUAUUAAGUCCUAGUCAUAGAUCUAUAGAUUAUAC